CCGAUUAUCCCAUUUCUGUUGCAAAGCAUCGUCGAUUCACUUGUGCUUGCUCCUCUUUAAAGAAAUAACCCUACGCAUAGAAAGAAAAGUAAAAGCAAAAGCAACUAUCCAGAUGGCUACUUUGGCGGCGGUUGCAGCUCGUAGAGCAGCGAGUCUAGCUCGAACACCCGCUCCGUCUCAAGCCGCUUCUCUCGUUCCUCGCCGUGGUCUUGCCGCCGCCGCAGAUCACCAUGGACCUCCAAAGGUUAAUAUUUGGCAAGACCCAAUGAAUCCAUCUAAGUGGAAAGAAGAACAUUUUGUUAUCGUCUCUUUAACUGGUUGGGGUCUGCUUGUCUUUGGUGGAUACAAGUACUUCACUGGAGGCAAGGGCAAGAAGGAAGAGAACGAGGUGGAAACAGCUCAGUAAUGAUGUUGGAGCUUUUAUUUUUUUAGAAUAUUCCAAGUAAUAAGGUGUGGCUGGUACUUUCAUGUCCUUGGAUAUUGUUUUUUCUUCUGUUGGCAAAUUAUUCUGUUUUACUCUUCAUAAUUUCUUUUUCCCUUGGAGAAUGAUGAGUGAGUAAACUUGGAGGUCAGUUCGUUAUCAGUGAAACACACAGCCUGUUUCAUUGGCCUGUCCUGUCAAUGAUGGGAUGUAACAAUUGUUAAGACCCAAAAUCUCUUGAUGGGUAUGCUAUAGAUGUUUAAGGAAUAGUAAGCAAUAUUACCAGUA